GACGAAGAAGCCGCUGUUCGUUGCACGACACUCCGUAACCCCUUUAAAAUCCCAACUAAUAAAAAUUAUAAAAUUACCACCGAGAAGGAGGAAGAGAUUGGAAAGCAAGGAUAAAUAAUAAGAAAAAAUCUCUCCUCUGUUCUUCGCUUCGAUCAAUCUCCCGAAGUCGUCGUCAACAAAGGGAUUUAGAAAUUUGGGUUUUGAAAGUACUGCACCAAUGAGAUUCAAGAAGGGGAGUAAGGUGGAGGUCUUGAGCAAGAGGGAGGUGCCCUCAGGCUCCUGGUGGUGUGCCGAGAUCAUAUCGGGGAAUGGUCGUACAUACGGUGUGAAGUACGAUGGUUAUUUGCCUGAUAUGGAUGGGGCUGUGGAAAGAGUACCAAGAAAGGCCAUCAGACCGUGCCCUCCUCCUGUUAAGUGCCCAAGGAAUUGGGUUCCUGGUGACAUCGUGGAGAUCUUUGAGCAUAACUCAUGGAAGCUCGGAGAAGUGUCGAGAGUUGUUGGUGGGAAUUACUUUUUGGUCAGACUCCUUGGUUCCUCCAUGCAAUUUAGAGCUCAUGUGUCUGACAUUAGGUUGCGACAGUCUUGGCACGACAACAAGUGGGUUGUGAUCCAGAAGAAUUCCGAAAGAUGCAAUGAUGCCCUUGUGAACAGCCAAACAAAAACCGGAAAGUUCAGUACUCAGUUACUCCAGUCAUGCAUAGAGUUGGAAAAAUAUGGGGGAGAUGGCCAUGCUGAUGCUGAAAAAAAUUACAGAUCUAAGGAACCUACCCCAAGAAGCAUGAGGAAAAGGCUACACUUCUGCUUGUCCCCUAAUGACACAUGCACUGGUGCCAGGAGAAAGAUGAGAGCAGUUGAGAAAGUUGGAUGGUGCGAGGGAGUGACUGCAGAGCGUCCGUCCCAAUUACUGGAAAAGGUACAUGCUGUUGCUUCACCAUGUCAAGUGCUUGGUGAAAAACACAUGCAUGCUUUCUUAAACAACAAAGUUUGUGAAACGGGCAUGGACAAUCAAAAACCACAUGCUGGUGUUGGCUAUCAUUUUAUAGAAAGUAUAGAUCCUAAUGAUGCCGAGAGUGUUUCAUCCUCUGUUGGUAGUUGCAGUCCUAGCAAUCGUCCAUAUAGGUCCUUCCUUUAUCCUGUAACCAGCCCAACCCAUGAUUUGGAUAGUAAUCAUGAUGAUGCUGAAUCUCCUUGUGCAUCAGGAACAGAGCUUUCUCUUCAUACAGAAGAGGCACAUGAAGCAGAAAUUCAUCACUUAGAGUUACAUGCCUAUCGUUCCACCUUGUUGGCAUUGUAUUCAUCUGGGCCCUUAAGUUGGGAGAAAGAAGUAUUGCUAACUAAUCUUCGUCUUAUGCUACGCAUAUCAAAUGAUGAGCAUAUACUAGAGCUAAGGCAUUUAGCAUCUGCCAAAACAAGUAUUAUUCAAAGUUUUCAGGACACAGUUUAGCUCAUUGUAGGGCUCCCUGUACUUUACUUUCUUCUUCAUUAGCUUUAAUUUUUCCAUUGCACUGAAGUCAGUCACUGGAUUUGUACCUUGUGGUUAUUCAUUUUUUGAGGAUAAGACAUUGAAUUGCUGUGGCAAGAUUUUUUGUAUGAUAACACUUAUCCAUAAAUCAAUGAGAUUUCCUAGCCUUGAAGGCUUCAGUUUUA